UCACUGGGUCCUGGCCGGAGAUUCCCCACCGGUACCGGUGAUCGCCCAGUGAUACUGACAGGGGAGAGACCUUAACAUGCUACUGUGUAUUUCUUGGCACAGCAGAGAAUUACACAGCAGCACGUUUCCCAAGUAAAACACACACAGCACACACAGUAAAAUAGCACACAGUGAACCCUUUGAUUGCCCCAGAUGUUAACCCCUUCCUGCCCAGUGUCAUUAGAACAGUGUCAGUGCUUUUUAUUAGCACUGAUCACUAUGUUAGUGUCACUGGGCAUGUCAGUGAGAAAUCUAAGUCAGUUUCCACCCAGUGUCAGAAUACCUGCCGCAGUCCCGCUAUAA